AUGUCAGACCAGCAUUACAUCGACCACGCGGACCGAUACGGGGAGCGCUGCUCUCCAUCUAUCCAGCCCGCCACAACGGCAUACCCUGAACCCCCAUACUCUGUGACUACAUUCAGCCAACCCCAGCAAGCCGAACCUCAUCUUUUGACCCCAGUGUCUGGCGUCAGUUCCCCUUCUAUUCAGGACACCGCAAAGAUGAUGCAACAUCAUCCUUCCACGACAGCGCCCAUGUACCAGUCGAGCCCCGCCAACUGGUCCAACACUUUCGACAUGAGCGCACCUCACAGCCAGGCCCCAUCUCCACUACCGGCCAUGCAAACAGCAGAAAGUCAUUUUGAGCAAAACUACAUUCCUAUCAAGGACGAAAUGCCCGAGGCCCCUGCCCCGUACUUCGGCUCUUAUGGUGUUUCUGAACAGCACGAAUCCGACCAAGGCUCUCUGUCUCCCCAAAUGCACAACACUUUCUACCCGAUGACCACGGGUGCCUCCAUUUUCGAGCCGAGCCCGAUGAUGACCGGACCGGACUUGGCCAUGGCUCAUCAGCAUCCCUUUGCCCCUCCCCACAAUUUUCCUUUGGCCGCGCAAGCACCCGUGUAUCCGUCAAACAACUUUUCGGACAGCAGGGACAAGAUGCGUAGGAGGCCGAGCUUCGGGCUCCCCUACCCUAGCCAGAUCAACCGUACAGCCAGCAACCCCCGCGACCGUCAACCGCGUGUGAGGAGACCGGCUCGCAUGAGGAACCGUCCCGACGAACCUCCCAAGCCCGCAACCCAGUCAACCCCUCUGCCUCCGACAACGGACGAGCAACCAGGCGAACUUAUCAUCAAGCCCAACUGCCCUCCGUUCGAACGGUUCCUGUUCGAGCGGCGACAUGAGCUGGAAACACGAAAGGGAGAGGGCAUGUGGAAAGUAAUCCAAGGCGAAUUCAACGAAGCAUUCAACACAACGUCAAACAUCGAGCGCCUACAGAUGAUGGUCCAAAGGGGAAGAUCGCAAUAUCUCGGCUGGCCGACAUCAGAGGACGAAAGACUGAAAGAAGCCUUGCUUUGGGGCGAGGGGCAGUUCUUCAAGAUGGUGUACAUGAAGUUCAGAGAACUAGGUGGUGGCAAGGCCGCACACUGGGGCCAAGGCGACAUCGAGGCUCGCGCGGUAGAGUUGGGAUGGGCGAGCAGUCAAUACGAGCCCUCGCCAAUGGACCCGACCAAGAACGUCCGUAGACGCAGGAAGGUCAACGCCCGCCGUCAUUCCGCCGCGGGUAACCCGACACCGGAAGCGAUACAGAUGACGGCAGAUGAGCGGUCUGAUCUGAUCAAUGAUAUCAUCGAAACCAGGAAUCUGAAGCCCGAGUUUGAAGAGGAGGAGGACGCGCGCCUCGAGAUGCAGCAAAUGCGUCUUCAACAAGCGCAAGCAAAGGCCACACGUGGCGCCAAGCAACAGCAAACCCAGGAGGAGCUACUCGCGAGCGGUGGACGCGUAACAAGGAGCGUGAAGCCGUCAGCGACAAAGGCCGCCGGCAAGGCCCGUGUUCAGAAGCCGCGAGCUGCUUAA